ACUCAUACUCGACAAAGGUGGACUCGGACCCAACUCUACUGAUUAGAUAAGAAUAACAUUUCGGAGAAAAAAACUCGUGUUUGUCAAAAAGAAUGAAAGAAAUAAUUAUAUUUGGUGGCAAAUUCUUAAAUUGGUUUUGCAAUUUACAAAUAAAUCCCUCUUGCUGUCAUUCCAAUUAAAAUCUUUAUCUUCUAUUUUCCUAAGGUACCACAACACUUUUUUGGACAAAACGGCAUGGGGGGAAAGAAAGGAAAAAGUGUACCAGUGCUCCAGUCCAACAAAACUGAAACUCAAACACAGAAAGUUCCUGCAUUAACUCCUGAACAAAGAGCGAAGCAGACGGCCUUGGAGAGGGUCGUCUAUGAUAUGUCCCAUAAUGAACGUGUCAUCAGUGACAUCAUACUGGGCCGCAGGGUAGCUUUCUAUGAGCUCAGAGGAGAGAUAGGGACUGGAAAUUUCUCCCAGGUCAAACUAGCUGUUCACGAACUGACUAAAGAGCGUGUUGCGGUGAAGAUCCUAAAUAAGACGCGCCUCGACAAGAAGUCUCAGACUUUAUUCGCUACAGAGAUUGUCUGUAUGGAAAAACUGUCCCAUCCGAACAUUGUGCGCCUGUAUGAGGUGGUUGAGACCAGUAAGCAUUUGUACCUCGCUAUGGAGUAUGGGAGCGGAGGAGACCUCUUCUCUCGCAUAACCACCAGAGGGCGACUGCCAGAUCUGGAAAGCAAGCUUAUCUUUGCUCAGAUCAUCUCAGCCAUCAAGUAUAUGCAUGAAAACAACAUCAUCCAUCGUGACUUGAAAGCAGAAAACAUUUUUUAUACCACGUGCUACUGCAUCAAAGUGGGCGACUUUGGUUUCAGUACCGUCAUUGAGCCGUCCGAAACGCUCAGCACAUUUUGCGGCUCUCCGCCUUACGCGGCACCCGAGCUGUUUAGAGACAAAAGCUACGUGGGCCGUUAUGUGGACAUCUGGGCGCUGGGCGUCCUACUCUACUUCAUGGUGACUGCCACCAUGCCCUUCUACGCCGACAACCUCGGGCGUCUCAAACGCUGCAUCCUGCAGGGGGCGUAUACCAUCCCGGCCUACGUCCCCGACCCCUGCCAAUUGGCUAUUAAAGGCAUGCUGAGACUUGUGCCUGUGGAUCGCACGUCGGCCUCGCAGCUGAUGGCCUGCUCCUGGCUCAGGGGCAUUGAGUAUCCCAAACCGUAUCCCGCCCUCAGCACGACACCCAAUCACUUGGCUGAUCCUGGGAAGAGCCUCUGUGUGGAGGAACAGGAAGUGAAAUCAGCUCUGAAUGAGCUCGGUAUUAUCGUCACACAUCUGCAGAAUAAUGCAUGUGCAGAUGCUCGCAGCCCAAUUACAGGAACAUACCGUAUUCUGCUGCACCGCAUACAGAAGAGGAGAUCCGUGGAAGCGGUGGGAUAUUCUGUAGUCAACCCGGAUGAUUUCGGUACAAAGAAAUACUGGGCCAACAAUGCUGUGGCCAAGCACUACCCGUCUGCAGUCUGCAAUGUCCUAUAAAGAAAUUAUAUAAAAUAACGUCAUGUAUCGCACAUGUUAGGCUUAUUCAUUGGCUAUAUUUUCACAGUAUGAUGCUGUGUUUCAGAAUUUACACAUAUGUUACCCAGUCUGAAACACAGCUAAGGUCAUCAUCCUACUGUAUAUAAUGUAAAGAACAUUAUGUGAACACUGAUGUUUGCUGGUGCGUCUUGUCCGAAUCUUUCUAAGCAAAAGUGUUCAAAUAGGCAUUAUCUUUACUGAUCAACUGCAGAUUGUAAUAUUUUACAUAUAUUUUCUGAACUAAGCAUAUCUUAAAACUACACUUUGUGACCAAGAAAUGAUAAUAUUAAGAAACGGCUAUUCGGUCUAUUGAGUUAUUAUGAAAACAGCCGAAACCCAGAUAGCACAGGUAUGUCGGUAAGAUGUCUGGUAAAGAUCUGGAAUCCAUCUGGUGUGUAAAAACAUCUUAUAAAGGUCUAGAAAGAGCUGCUUUACAUACAUUCUAAAUCAAAAACGUCUUGCAGACGUGUAUUGGCAAAACACGUUACAAAGACUGUGAACUAGUAUUGAAUUAUGGAGUUAAAAACUGGUAAAGUGUUUUUCCACAUUUCAGAAUUAUUUGGGCCUAAUGCUGCGUUUACACCAACCGCAUUUGAGGCGAUAAAAUUCCGUCCACUGCGCCAAGUAUGCCGCUUUAACAGUUUGAAUGCAUUCACGCGUGUAGAGCGAAGUAGACGCGUGAAAAAGCAAGCAUUUGACGCGCGUCAGAGGGGCAAGUGCUAUGCGGUUGUCUGUUUGCAAGAUGACUGAUGUUGAUUGUGCAUUUAUCAAGAGAGUUACCGGUUUGUAUUUGGUCUAUAGGGGGAAAAUAAAAAGCGGGGGUCAAUAAAAGUCACGUGACUCAAAAGUGAAAUGUGUAUUACAAUUUACAAGGUUACUUAAUAUCCUCACUGACACUCUUCCAAGAGAGGUCCUUUUUAUUCCUGUCUCUAUAGAAAUAAGAACUUGUGUCAUAUAGCUCCGGGUGACUGCUCACGGACAAUAUCAAGCAUUCCUUCAUGUUGAAUGAGUGACUCCGGGCAGGGCUGCCGCCACAGCAGGCACCAUUCAUGCGUAGCGCACCAGACGCUCAAUUCGCGUGAACUAGAUGCACGAAUGAGGCGGAAUCGCUGCGCUAAACGCCUCAUUCGCACAGCGAGACCUGCUGACGCGCGUCAACGCGUCUUCACAUUGACUUAACAUUGAAAUCACUCGCGCUUGACGCCUCUACCGCGGCUGGUGUAAACGCAGCAUAACACAAUCGCGAGCAUCCAUUUAGGUUGUUGAAAGUUGAGACAGACGAAAGUUUUUCCUAUGAGUGGGCGUGGUCUCUGGCUGCAGACAUGCCCCAAGCAUUUAAGAGCAGAGAAUACUGCUUAUUUUCCCCAGAUUUUUAUUUUUAUAUACUUGGCAAUUUUUCUUCACAUUUGGCUGGGCGCUUAAUUUCUGUGGUGUGACAAACACAUGCACAUGUCUGGGUUAUUUUUGACCCAUAAUGGGUAAAUAUUGGACAGAACACAUGCUGGGUUAAAAUUACCCCAUGUGGGGUUAAAAAUGACCCAAUGUUGGGUUGUUGUUAUGCAACCAUGGGGUAUAUAAUAACCCAGCAGUAGGGUUAAAACAACCCAGCAUUGAGUCAAUUUUAACCCAACGGUGUGUUCUGUCCAAUAUUUACCCAUUUUGGGUAAAAAAUAACCCAGAUAUUUUAAGAGUGUAUGUAUUUAAUGUCACUUUACACAGACUUUAACUAUUUACUGUGGAUUUACUGUGGUAAAGUGAAACUAAAAUCUUCUUGUCCUACAUCAACACUCUUGCAACAUCUCUCAUCCAAUCAGAGUUCCAGCACUAACUACAAAUGAAACAUCUGCUGUACUCAUGUAUGCAUGUCAAGAUGGAUGAACAAAGCAAGCAACCGAGCAUAUUUGGUUUCAUCACAUAAGUGCAUGAACAAACUGUGUGUGACCGUAAUGGAGAUUGUUUCUGUUUGUACUGCAGUAGAUCCAUAAGCUGUCAUUUAUUAUCUUUAAUGUGAGUGUGGAAAUGUGGCCAAUUCUUGAUGUCUUAUUUAGUCUCAUGUAGCUCAUGCAGUCUUAUAAAGUGUUUUUCAUGUUUAAAUAAACAUACUUUGGUUACUGGCUGUACUGGCCUUAUGUAAUGAAGACCAUAUGCAGCUUUUCAAAAGCUUGAUGGAUUAAUGUUUGUCUAUGUGUCUCUAAAUGGCCUUUGCU